AUGGAUCAAAAAUCCGAGUUAGUCAACAGUAAAUUUCGGGUUAAGAAGAAUGUAAUCAUCGAAUCAACCGAGGAAAAUGAUGAUAUUCGAUCACAUGCAUCAAGUAACGCUGAUGAACACCAGAAGACUCUUCAAUUUACUGCCUUAAAUAGUUCUUAUUUCACUACGGAUGCCUUACCUAUGAUGACGUAUUAUAAGCAAACGUUAACAUCGCGUGAUACACGUCGAAAUCGACCAACUUUGCAAGAUCUUCAUGAGCCAAGAGUGGGUACCAAUGUUGAAGAAGGAAGGGUAAGAAAGAUGGAGAAAUCGAAAUCAGUUGAUGCUGGUGGCACACAACCGGAAGGUCCCAGUAAAUUUGGUUGGAUUCAAGGAGUUUUGAUUCGAUGUUUGUUAAACAUCUGGGGAGUGAUGCUCUUCUUGCGACUUUCAUGGGUUGUAGGUGAAGCUGGUAUCGGAUUUGCGUGCCUCAUAAUUCUAUUAGCAGCAACAGUAACUACUAUUACUACCUUAUCAAUGUCUGCUAUUUGUAGCAAUGGAGAAGUAAAGGGAGGUGGAGCUAUAGGAUUAGUAUUUUCUGCUGCCAAUUCAAUCGGCGUUGCUCUGUAUAUCGUCGGUUUUGCCGAAUCAGUAAAAGAUUACCUCAAAGCAAUAAAUAUAACUUUAGUCGACGAGAUUAACGACGUUCGUAUAAUUGGAGUCAUUGCGGCCACAAUCGUAUUUGCGAUUGCAAUGUCAGGUGUUGCAUGGGAAUCGAAGGCCCAGGUUAUUCUGUUCGUUUUGCUGAUUGCUGCUAUCUUAAAUUGUAUUGUUGGCUCUAUCAUGUAUUCAUUUAUUAUGCCCGCUGAUAAAGUCGCUCGUGGAUUCACAGGAUUAAGUGCUGCCACCUUUCUUAACAAUACCGCGCCGAAAUUUUCACCUACUGAGUCAUUCUUUACUGUCUUUGGAGUUUUCUUCCCAGCUGCUACUGGUAUUCUCGCUGGUGCAAAUAUUUCUGCUAAUUUAAAGGAGCCGUCAAAGUCUAUUCCGAUUGGAACUUUAUUAGCAAUUUUGAUCAGUACAAUUGCUUAUUUGGGAUUAGCAUGCUUAUUUGGAUCAGCUGUUGAACGAUCUACGAUAUUUUCCUCGAGCAAUAAUACUUAUUCAUUAAACUGUACAGCGGGGUGUAGAUAUGGUCUUCGAUAUGACAAUCAGGUCGCAAGUAUGAUAUCUGGUUGGGAGCCUCUUACUGCUGCAGGUAUUUUUGCAGCAACAAUUUCGUCAGCUUUAGCUAGCAUGAUUGGCGCUCCGAAUAUUUUACAGGCAGUGGGAGCGGAUAGACUAUUUCCAUAUUUGGAGUUUUUUAGUGUUGGUAAUGGUGAAAGAAAUGAACCUCGCAGAGGAAUUGCAUUAACUUAUAUUGUUGCCUUGAUCUUCAUCGCUAUUGCUGAGUUAAACUAUAUAGCACCUAUCAUUUCCAAUUUCUUUCUGAUCGCAUAUGCAUUAAUCAAUUAUUCAUGCUUUGAUGCAUCACAAGCGCGUUCUCCUGGUUGGCGACCCUCUUUCAAAUUUUAUUCUAAGUGGUGUUCUCUUGUUGGUGCUUUAACAUGUGUUGCAGUUAUGUUUGUUAUUAAUUGGUGGGCGGCAUUGAUUACAAUUGCAGUCGUUAUUGGCCUCUACAAGUAUAUUGAUUAUUCGAAACCAGUUGUCAACUGGGGCUCAUCUGGCCAUGCUCGUCAAUACAUUAAUGCGUUAGAUGCUGCAUAUAAACUAAAUACAACAGUCAGCCAUGUCAAGAAUUUUAGGCCUCAGUGUCUCGUGUUAUGUGGAAUUCCAUCUGAAAGACUACCUCUUGUAAAAUUUGCUUCGAAUUUUACUAAUAAUUAUGGAUUACUAAUAUGUGGAAAUGUUAUGCAGGAAAAGUCUAAUACUGAUAUGAAAGAUCAGUAUAAAAUUCUUCAAGAAAAUAAGAUUAAAGCAGUUGUAACAACCGUCACUAGCACAGACUUUAUCUUGGGUGCGAGAGCAUUAAUGCAAGCAUCAGGUUUAGGAAAAUUAUCGCCUAACAUGAUUUUAUUUGGAUUCUUGGAAAAUUGGCAGAAUCGGGAUGAUAGAAUCGAGAAUUACGUUGCAAUAAUACAUGAUGCCUUCGAUUUAAACUUUGGUGUAGCAAUUUUUCGUGAUAGAUUAGAGAAAGAAAAAGGCGAAAACAACUUCGAUAAGAAUUUACAGGAGUCAGGAGAAGGUGUACGUUUUUGCAGCAAUCGAACUAAAGAAGGCAACAACUUGGGCGGUGAAGUAGUAGACUUUGGUAGAGGCGUACUUUCUCAUAAUAAACCAGGAAAGAGUGACAGUAAAUUAAGCAAUAACUUUAAGGAGCUACUUAAGCAACCUGUAGAAGAUAAGUACGUUCAGCUGAAGGAAGUUCGAAAAAUAGAUAGUGUAAUUGAUAUAUGGUGGAUUUACGAUGAUGGAGGGUUAACUAUUCUAAUUCCUUACUUGUUGAGCUUAAGUAAGCGAUGGUCGAACUGUAAAUUGAGAAUAUUCACACCUGGAAAACCGGAAAAACUACGUGAUACUAUGAUUGGGAUGACUAUACUACUAAAAAAAUUCCGUAUCGAAUACGAAAAUGUGAUAGCAGUAGGCGAUAUAAAUGAAGAACCAUCUGAAGAGAGCAUGUCAAGAUUUUGUCAAUCAUUUCCUUCACUGGGACAUAUUUUUGGUAACUCUGAUAUAGAAAAUAAAACCAAAAUACACAUUAAAUUAAGUGAGCUAUUAAUUCGCCACUCUAUGGAAGCUAGCCUAGUCGUUAUCACGUUACCAGUACCACGGAAAAAUUUCUGUCCCCCAUCCGUAUAUAUGAGUUGGCUAGAGACUAUAUCAGGCCCAUUGCCUUGUCCAGUGUUGUUAGUUCGUGGCAAUCAAACGAGCGUUUUAACGUUUAAUUCUUGA